UCAGUCAGGAGUUGACCUUUACCAAUUGGGAGCCUGAGAGCUGAGAGAGAAACAAGUGGAAUAAACCUCUCAGAUUCAGAUUGGUUCCAUUUGGAUUUAGGGUUUUCUUUCUUCUUCUUCCCCAGAAGAAAGAAGAAAGAAGAUGAUGUUAAUGGCUUGGGUAGGAAAAUCAAACAAGCAAACAAAUCCCAAAAGCGAAACAAUGGGGUGGAGGAAUGCGUUUGACAAUGCGAAGCCAGUGUUCGUGACUAUAUACGCCACUGUAAUAAUUGGGAUCAUCUUCUCGUCUUUGUAUGUGAUAUCGGCCAUUUACUCUGGCAAGUCUGCUGCAGAUUCCACCACCUCCUGGCUUUCCCAUGUAGGUUCUCCUCCUGUAGAGCAAGCACCCAAUGUUUCUCAACCAGCAAUAGUUCAAGCAGUUCCCACACCUUCCCUAGAGCCUUGAAGCAUGUCAACAAGACCCAUUUGGGAAGCUCCUCUACACACAAAGAAAAUGCCAGCCUUGAAGAAAUUUAGACUGAGCAAAGAACUGGUUCAGGAAAGAGUAAAGGAUAAUGUCAUUAUUGUGACCUUUGGGAACUAUGCAUUCAUGGAUUUUAUCCUGACUUGGGUUAAACACUUGACUGAUCUGGGGCUUUCUAACCUUCUCAUUGGUGCAAUGGACACCAAACUGUUGGAGACUUUGUACUGGAAAGGUGUUCAGUAUUUGAUAUGGGCAGCCAUAUGAGCACAAUAGAUGUUGGAUGGGGAUCACCAACAUUCCACAAGAUGGGGAGAGGAAAAGUUAUACUGAUAGACUCAAUCCUCCCUUAUGGCUAUGAGCUCUUGAUGUGCGAUACCGACAUGGUUUGGUUAAAGGACCCACUUCCAUAUCUUGCUCGCUAUCCUGAAGCAGAUGUCUUGACUUCCAGUGAUCAAGUUGUACCAACAGUCACUGAUGACAGGUUGGACAUUUGGCAACAAGUUGGUGCUGCCUACAAUAUUGGAAUUUUCCACCGGCGGCCAACAGAUGCUGCUAAAAGAUUGGCUAAGGAAUGGAAAGAUAUGCUUCUAGCUGAUGAAAAUAUAUGGGAUCAGAAUGGGUUUAAUGAUCUCGUAAGGAAGCAGUUAGGACCACCUGUUGAUGGAGAGAGUGGACUUGUGUAUGCUUUUGAUGGAAAUCUGAAGCUGGGAGUUUUGCCUGCAAGCAUAUUUUGUAGCGGGCAUGCAUAUUUUGUCCAGGUAGGGUUGUAUAGUUUUUCUUUGGUAGUUUGGACAUUGUAUCUUCAUAGUUAAUCUCGGCAUGGAUCUAUAGUUUUCUUCCAUCUUUUCCUCAAUUGCACCCUCAAACUUAGGUUUCUUGCAUGAACUUAGUCCAUAUAAGCUAUAAAAGGUUGUGUAUCGCACAAGUCCUAAGCUUUUUAAUGGUUUAAUGGCAGGCCAUGUAUCAGCAAUUGAGAAACUAAACUAAACUUUAUUCUUGUCCUGUGAUCAAACGUAUGACUUUUGGUGCUUUAGUUUUUUUGUAUUUUUUCUUGGGUUGAAAAAAGUGGAUCAACUUUGUGGUU